AAUAGUAUAUACAUUAUCGUCCAUAAAUAUUUGAAUAUUUGAAUUUGAUAAAAUUAUGUAAAUUCACGAUGGAUUAAUAAUUAAAAAUAAGGGUGCGAGGCAAGGGCAACACGUGGACGGGGUGCUCUGUAGAAAAAGUGAAGUGUGAGGGGAAAAAGGAAAGGAAAGCGCGAAGUAACACGAAGAGAUGAAAGAUAAAGUGCAAACACACGAGGAGGAAAGAAGGAAAGGUGAAAAGAAGAGAAACAAGGGAGAUUUAUAAAUAAGAAAAUCCAAAAAGGAAAGGAAGAGGUUAGGCAGACAGAAGAAAAUCAGAAAGUUGGUCAAAGAAACAACAGAUGGCGACAGUCAGAGGAAGGCCAAGGAACACAGGCAAGGCGGGAGACAAAGAAGAGUCCAAAAACACAUUAGAAAGGUACAGCUGGACGGAAAAGGAGAAAACAACCAGGGGGGAAGGAAGGGAGGGAAUGACAGAAAAAGCGGAGAAAAUGGAAAGCUAGGAUAAAAGAAAUAAAAGGAGUGUUCGAAGAACAGCUGGAGGAGUUAGCGAGGGCGAUGAAAGAGGAGAUAAAAAGGGAAAUAAAAGAGGAAAGAGAAAAAAGAGAGAGGGAAAUGAAAGAGGAAAGAGAAAGAAGAGAGAAGGAAAUGAAUGAGGAAAGAGAAAGAAGAGAGAGGGAGAGGGCAAGAGAGAGAGGAGAGAGAGAAAGAGAAAAAGAGCAGUGGGAGAGAGAAAAGAAGGAGUUAGUAGACAGGAUCAGAAGACUCGAGGAGGAGCGGGAAAGGGAAGAGAGGGAGAAAAGGAGAAAUAACAUAGUGAUCAAGGGGGUGGAAUGGAAGGAAGGAGACAAAGAAGAAGCCGUAAAGGAAUUCGUAAGGGAUAAAAUGGGAAUAGAGACAGAGGUGGAAAAGGCGCACGCGAUAAGGGUGGGAGAUAGAAAGAUGAUAAUGGUAGCGUCGAUGAAGUCAAGAGAGGAGAAGAUAAAAAAGAAAAUAAUUAAAAAUAACAUUUACUUUUGUAUGGAAUUAGUACAUUAUAAAAAAUUACCUAUUAAGAAAACUAAUGUAUUUGCGCAUUAUUAAAGAUCAUGCUA